CUUUGCAUUACUACCAAUCCCAUUCAAUUUCGAUUCCUUCCGCUUGCUCAUUGCAUGUAUGAUAGAAGAGUUACGAUAUAAGUUUUUUUUUCCAUUUUCCUGCCUGAAGCAGACGCCUGGGGGAACAGACGUCAUAGUCUGUCUUCUCAUUUCGACGCUUGAUCUAUAAUGUUCCACUGGUAAAUCCAGGAAAUAUGUCUGCCCAAAUUGAAAGUGAAAAAGCCCCAACUGGCCCGGUUCCAUCAGAAGAAGAAUGGGAAAAGACAUGGCUUGGUACAGAUGAUAAACCUCUGGCUCAUGCGGAUAGACCUGUCACUGAGAAUCUUAUCAAGUUUGUUGAUAGACUAACGAACGGGAAGUCUGGGUCUACGAUAUUUCUUCCUUUAUGCGGAAUGAGUAAUGAUAUAAAAUGGUUGGUUGACCAGGGACAUCGUGUUAUCGGCCUGGAUAUCGUAGAGAAAUCGUUUCGUCUGUUCUUCGAAAAAUACCAGAUGUCUUUUACAGUCAAUGAUCUACCAAACAUCCCCAAUGGAAAAGUGUUUGAGAACGAGGAAAAGACCAUCAAACUAUUCAAAUGUAAUAUGUUCGAUUUUGACGUCUCACUAAUGGAAAAGGUUGAUGGUAUUUGGGACUGUGGGGCACUAAUAGUCAUUAGUACACCAGAUAGACCAAAGUACGGCCAAAUGUUGUUAUCUGUUUUGAAGCCAGGUGGACGGAUAUUGAACCAGUCGUAUCAAUUUAUAUGGGAUGAUGAAUCAAAAGCUGCGGAGAUGGAGGCUGGAUCAGUCUAUGAAGAUUAUCCAUGUCCGGAUGUUGAAGAGAAAGAUUAUCAUCUCCUUUAUGGUGCCAGAUGUAACAUCGAAUAUAUAGGUGAGAAGGAUGUGACCAACGAACCUGAUUGGGCUGAUAUGGGGGUCGUAUCAGCCAAGGAGAACAUUCAUCUGAUGACUUUAAAAUGAACAAUGACCGUCAUGAAUUGAAUAGAAUUUAGAGAUUUUGAUUCCUGAGUGCAAGUCUUUCACCGGUAGCACUAGAUUUUUUUAGCACUAGAUUUACUGCAUUCCAUUAGAAUUCUAACUAAAGGAACAAACUAAUGAGUAUUAAAGUAAAUUCGAAUGAUAUUUUGGGGCAGUGAUUCUCUCCUCAUUGGCAAUGGUCGGAUGGGCCAGUUUAACGGGAGAACAGACUUAUGUUACUUACAUGAUUUUUUUAAUGGUGGAAUGUCUGAUUUUCCCCUUGAUAUGUCAUCUGAUUAAAUCUAAGUUUUGUUGAGGUUGAUACAUAUAAACCAAUUUUGCGAUUUUUUUCUAACCAUAUGUGCUUAAGUUGGGAUCUAACGUUUGCUUUGGCUAAAAAAAUCCACUUUCUGUGGCAAUGUGCAAGUGGUAUGUCUAUAUAUAUAAAACGCUGAUAUUAUUUAAAAGGAAAAUAUUAUGAAUUUAACAGGGUCAGAAGUAGAAUGAAUUUAAGUCAACUAGCUUGAAAUAACGAACCACCUUCACAUACUCCUCUAAAUUAAUUCCCCUGCUUUUUUUUUAAAUUGUAAAUAUCUUACAUGUGACAUUACGUCUAUCUUUACAAUAAUUCUUCUUCGAUCCAUGAUUUGAUAUCGUAUGGAUGUUCAGCGAUUAAAAAAAAUGGAACUACUGUUGCGUAUAUCUGUCACAUCUGGGUAUUUCAGCCAGCUUUUUAUAUACCGACGUACGAUAUAUCGAUUUCCCACAUGAUAUCAGUUCUUGAUCUCAAGAAUUGCCUUUUUGUUUAAGGACAAGUCCACCCCCAAAAAAAGUUGAUUUGAAUAAAAAUAUAAAAAAUCCGACUAGCAUAACACUGAAA